AGUCAGUUUCUCAAAUCUCAUCAAAUGCAAAGUUCAACCACGAUCAAGCUCAGUAAUUUUUUUUAUUGAUCAAUAAUAAAACUUUAAAUAAAUAGUCCGUUUAGUUUCGAUCAGUGAUUAUUAUAGGAAAACAGUAAUAAGUGCAAAUAUUCCAAAUAUAUCGAUACCGUGCAAAACAACUCGUUAUAUGUCAAUGUUUUACUAUGGUGUUUACAAGGAGUGCUAACAUCUAGCGGAAAAGGGAAGCAGCAAAAAAUACUACGAAGGAAAACCAAUUUGUUGGAACUAACAGUAAACAAGCAAAUCCAUAGCAGAAGAAUCCGUUUGUUGCAAUAUGGAAAGCAUGACUUACAUCGAAGAGCACCGCGAGUUUCUGGAGUAUUUCAAGGCGCACGUCGAUCCGACGGAUCAGCUUCCGGUACGAGUUCCCGGCUACCAUCUAUUGGAGUCGGAAAUCGACGGAGAAGUAAUCAACUGGGUACUGCAGUAUUUGUUCCAAAUGAAAUGUCCUCAAAGUUUACUGGCACCCAUCGUAAACGAAGUGGUUCAAGAAACAAGAAAGUCUUAUAUGAAAAUUCCCAAACAGUGCGGUUUUGAUGGAUACGCGUAUAAUCCGUUAAAAUUAAGCACAAUAGUUAUAUCACACACGAAUGGCGUUUGUGAACGGUUACUCGAUAACGCCGAGCUCAAUGAUAUUUUGGCCAAGAGUUCCGCUUCAGUAUUAUCGCAAGCGCCGCGACACUGCAUGAAAGCUAUCAAGAAUACGCGCCGAAAAAUGGAAGACAGGCAUGUCUGCAUCAGCGAUUUCAACGGGAUGUUUGCCGUUAAAGAUCAAGAACCUACCAGCUUCUACGGAGUAUUCGACGGACACGGAGGACAAGAUGCCGCCUUUUUCACAGCAGCCCACCUGUGCUACAAUAUUGCAAAGAGUUCAAAGUAUCCGCAAAAUAUCGAAGGAGCUAUCAAAGAAGCAUUCCUGAAAACCGAUGUGGCCUUCAUAGAUAAAUCAGAAAAGCAUGCACUAAACUGCGGAACCACCGCUCUGGUUUGCGUAUACCGAGCAAUCGAGAAACGCCUGUUCGUUGGCUGGGUCGGUGACUCACAAGCUCUGCUGGUGUGUGAAGGAAAGGUCUGUCAAAUUGUGUCUCCACACGUCCCAUCUGUUGAGAGCGAAUGCACCCGAAUCGAACAGCUCGGUGGAGUUGUUCUGAACUGGAAUGGCUCCUACCGUGUUAAUGGACAGCUGGCUGUAUCCAGGGCAAUCGGUGAUGCUCCAAUGAAGCCGUACAUAACUGGUGAACCUGAUAUAUCAUCGAUUACUCUGGAAGGCAAAGAAGAUUUUCUGAUUAUCGCUAGUGAUGGUUUGUGGGAAUCGCUCACUGAAGAUUUUAUUGCACUAUUCGUAUACCGAAUGAUUGCUGAGAACUCAGAGUGUGCAGAUUCAAUCGCCGAGCAACUAGUCGAACGUGCUAGAAAGGGUACGUCGGAUAAUAUCACUGUUGUGGUAGUAUUCUUUAAGGACCCUCAUCUAAUAGCAAAAUCAUCCUGGCUAAAUAAAAUGGAAGCAACGUAUGAUAAAAAUAAUACCAACAGUACUUUUGACAAUGAUUCAGCACAUUUCAAAUUAAGCAAUAUGGAUGGUGGACUCAAUUUGUCGUCAGAUAUGCUAGAAGGCAACGAGUUAGAAGAACAACAGGUGAUAUCUUCUCCAACAAUUACGAAAAAUAAUUACAACGAAUCCAAUCACGUUCUUAUCAGCGACAAAUCAACAGACGUCGUGGAUCACCAUCAACGAUUUGUGGAUGAUUUUGGCCCAGAGACAGAUGUAGAUGCCAUGGACGACCCUAAUACCAUCAAGUCUCCAAUGGAACAACAAGCAAACGACAGUAUCAACGAAUAUAACUUAUGCAAUGGGGUGAAACCCUUCUCGCUAGAAAACAAAAUCAUCCAGCAACUAUCAGAGCAAAAUCGAGACUUUUUAAGUGAUAGCAACCCGUUUAAAAAUGAUCAUUUUGAUCAAUUCAGUGAUGAUCAUCUUAUGUUGGAGGAUACCAUCGAGAAUAACCAUAGUCCUUCGGAAGUUGUUGACAACAAAAUUAUUGACGCGUUGGAGUCAGCUGUCAGUAACGGAGAUCAAGAACAGUAUGAACUUGAUAGUGAGAAACAAAUGGAGACAACACUUGACGCUAGCCAAAAAACUUCAGAAAUACUAGAUGUUACGGAGAAAGUUGAUCUUAUGCACGAGAAAACCUCAUUCACACUUGAUGACGCAUUCGGAGAACAUCCCGAGAAUCCUUUCAACCAACCUGUGAAUGAAGAAGCGGCACUUUUUGAACAAGCAUGUGUAGAAGAAAGUGUUGGUGAAGAUACGGAAGAGGAAGAAGACGAAUGGAACUACAUAAAAGCGGACAAGAAAUCUGAAGAAAAUCUACAGCGUUCCGAAAUACUGGACAGUCACAGUUCAGAUGAAGCAGAACUCGCUAGAAAACAAUCAUCUCAAGGAAGUGAACGAAGUGAAUCUGUGCCAGUGCUAGCGGAAUUGCCGGAGUUGAACAUCGCAUACGAUUCACAAUUGCCCGAUUCGCCGUUAGUUGACAGUGUGGAGAAAAAAGACACUUUGGAAGAGGAAAAGGACGAAAAAAUAGUUGGAGUAUCUGCUCCUGUGGACGAAAUAUCCGAUAACAUUGUUCCAGAAGAAAGCUAUUCAGCGGGAUACACAUCGGUUGAGCAAUCGAGAAUUCAACAGGAACUUGCAGAUAUAGAAAUUGGACCCCCGAUAGCCACUCCCAGUGCGGUAACACUAGACCCACUGGAGGACAUUCAUCACACACCGCUCAGCGAGGAUCCUUCCGUAGAAGUCGAGCAAAAUCUGUCGGAGGAGAAGGUUACAGAAUUCUUAUCUGAGGACAAAAACAUUGUGCAAAUUGCAACGGAACCGUCAGUAGAGCUUUUGGCCAAAGACACCUCUUCUUUGGAAGUUUUGACAGGAGACACAUUAUCUACGGAUGUUGAGCUAGAACAAGAGCCUGAAAACGUGGAGCAAACGAUAGCACUUCUUGAUAACGAAGAGCCUGUUACCAAACAGAUAGAUAAAGAACUACAAUUGACUAUUGAAUCAAAAACAAGUGCCGACGUAGAGCGUGUACGUCCAGAUAGCCUUAGCUUAGAAAUGGCUUCUAAACUAAAUCCAGAGGCAAAAGAAUUUGUUCCGGUCAGUUCACCAACCAGAUCUAAUCCGACAAGUCCAGUGGCCAAUGCUCCAAGCAUGGUACCUAACUCAUAUCUAAUGCUCGACGAUGAUACCGUAGUUGCCCAAAGUCCGAAGAAAUGUUCUACCACGAUGGAUAACAUCGAUGUUCCAGAAGAAGACGCUUUUCAACAUGAAAUGAACAAUCGGCCACAUGAGCUAGAAAAGCCGUCGGAAUACGUCAAUGGAAGUGCAGAGAUUUCGGCACGGUCGCAUUCACCUGCCAGCGAACCAUCUUACCAGGAACUCAAUCUCAAAGAGGCGAUGCAAGCUGAUGAAAAAUUGGAACAUGAUUACAACGAUGAGAAGCAAGUCGUCCCCGAAGACAGCCCAUCUGAGCUUUCUAAUGAACAAAAUAUUUUGCACGUUUUGAACAAGGAGCAAGACCCGAUGAACAUGUCAUUCUACGAAGGUCGAGAUGAAGCACUUUUGGGCAACUCCGAUGAGUUGAAUAAGGUCCAUGUGCUACCAGAAGAAGAAGACGAUGAGCAACCAAACGAAGACGACGAUAAAAUUCAGGCAGAUGAUUGUGUAGUAUCCGCACACGAUGGUAAGCCGUCAGACGAUAAAGGUGAAAUUGUAGAACCAGAGACUGCAUCACACACUACACUGGAGGAAGAGCAAUAUGACGAGUCAAAACCAACCGCGCAUGAAGAGCUAUCUGCGCCUAUAUUUGCAGUGGCGUCUCAAGUUGUCAACGAUGUUGCUGCAUUAGUCGAUCAAAUGCAAAUUGAAACGCCCAUUUUAAAUGCCUAUCACGAUUUAGAAACGAAAGAAGAUGAAACUGUGGAAUUAGAAAAUAUACUACCUGAAACUGAAGAUGUGACGAUGGAACAGAGUAAUGACAUCUUGAUACGUUUGGAAAACCAGAGUGAAUCUAAGCCAUUGGAGGAUGCUGUUGUCGAAGAGCAUACUGAAUCACCUCACAUAACUACAGCAGAUAACGACGCCAAUAUACAUACUGCGGAGACCGACGAACUUGUUUCGCCACUAGUGGAAUUUGUGCAGCAUGAGAUUGUGGCCGAAAAUGAGUUUAUUACAGAUGAAAGCGUGCUGAAUGAACUGUCACCUUCACAACGCGUGUUCUCGGCUGAAGCUCCUGUUGAUUAUGAAUCACUUGUAGAGGAACCCGCCAAGGAAUUAGCUACACCAACUGUCGUGGACAGUGUACCAACGGGAAACGAAAAUUCCGUACCUUCAAUUGAGCCUGCAGCUACUAAUUUGUCAGAUACGGUUAUUCCUGCUUCAGAGCGGGAAGUUAAACUAUCAGAAGAGCCUAAACUUGCUGUGAUAGCACCCAAAUCAGCAACACACAAAACGACAGCAACUAGCAAAUCUGCAGCGACUACCAAGCACACAGCAAUGAAAACUGCUUCGAAACCGUCUGCUCUAACGACUGACAAAAAGGCAUCUGUUUCUGCUAAAGCACCAUCGAAAUCCAUACCCGCCAAAUCGUCAAUUGCACCAAAGCCUUCAACUGCCGCUAGCACUAUGAAGAAAACUACGACAGUCAGUCACGCUUCUACUGCCACUUCUAGCAGAACAGUAGGAACUGCCAAACCUUCAACAGCUUCAUCGAUCACUCGUACAAGUUUGACAGGAACCUCAACGAAUAAGAGUAUGGUAACCGAGAAAAAGGCGCCGCUACUGGCUAAAAAACCAGUCACAACCGCUGUAAACGGUGACGUCAAAACGACUAUCGCGAGAAAACCAUUGACAUCAUCUACUUUGAAAACAACUGCAGCCACAAAAAUCACUACCACACCUAGCAGCAGUACCAGUGUUCCCAACGCUCGAUUAUCUGGAACAUCUGUAAAGUCAACAUUGGCGAAACCAUUGACAGCUACUACAAAGACUUCAACAUCCGCACCUGCAAAACCAAGCUCAGCCGCAACCCGUACUCCAGCGACAGCCCUUGCAGCUAAGCCACGAAUAGCACCAUCAACUGCUAGCAAGACUGCGUCAGCUACUUCAACAUCCACGAUGACGAGUAAGACCAGUCAGGGAUCAUCUAGCGCCGUCACCAAAAGAGUCAGCACUGCUGUGACUGUGGCAACAACCAGAACAACUACUGCAUCUAAGACCGCGACAACUGCAACCAAGGCUAGUUCCGUUACUAGUCGAACAUCCACGGUUUCUAAGUUGAGCAGUAGCAGUGCCACCUCAACUGUGCGGAAAGCUACGGCAGCAUCGCCAGCGAAGAAAGCGGUUUCAUCGCCUGCCUCAAAAACUAGCACCAAAACAUCAACUUCAACUGGCAAAACAAUUACAUCGACGAAAACGGUCGUUUCCAGUCACGCCAAUGACGUUAAAGAUCCACUCAUUGAAGAUUCAAUCUCCAGCGAUCUGUUGAAUUUGGACAAACAGCUGAAGAACGAUAACAACCAACUCAUCACAAAGAAUGGCAUCGACUCACAAAUGAUGGUAAUCGAUUCAGCCGCUGACUAAAUUAUUGUUCCUUCGAUUUUAUUAGAUACCAUUUUUAUACAUUUAUUUUUAUUUUGUGACAACAUGUUAGCAUGUGUAACUGGCAAUCACACUAUUAUAUAUAUAUAUGUUCGAAAGGAACUAAAUAGAAUCUUCAUUAUGAUUACAUAGAACACACAAACACACAGUUGAUGUGUAGUAGUUGUCGUAUGAUUCGGCUUAGGGGGCAUCCAUUUAGUACGUCACGCUAAAAAUGGGAAUUUUCAACCCCCUCCCCCCUUCGUACGGUUUUUUUCCUAUACUUAAUACAUUGCUUGUCACACUUUUACGAACGCCCCCCCCCCUCCCUCUUCUAAGCGUGACGUACUUUAUGGAUGCCCCCUUAACUAGUGCAUGUUGGCAAAAUAAGAUAAUAUUGUCUUUGAUAGAAAUACAAUCAAUUGAAGUGAUUUGAAUAUUUUGUCAGUUAGGAUGGUUCUUACCAUACUGCCAAAGGUCAGAUGGUUCUACCUCGUUUGGCAUAGUUGUUCUCUACAUGAAGGAAAAUCAUGUUUAUGUCAAAUGAGGUAAAGCCUAAUUCACAGCGACGGCAUUGAUUCACAAUGAAAACAAAUGCUGCUCUAAGGAGUGAAAAAGAUCAAAAUUUACAAGUUUUAAACUGCCUACAAAAUAUGGCUUAGUGGUUCAGAUUAUGUUCCUUUUUCUAUGGUAAAAGACGAUUAGUAAAAGAUCAUUAAUAUCGCAAAUUUUAAUGUUAUGUAGUAGAUGAUGAUGAAGAUAAUGAUGAUGAUACUAGAAAGUAAUUGGUCUGACUAAUAAGCCAAAUAUUUAUGAUUAGGUAAUUGUCAUACUACUUGCUUGAUAAUUCCAUUGGGUAUUCUACGCUAAAAACAAAACAGUGUCUGUUUCAACAUUUAUUCUUAAAAUUGUGAUUUAUAGUGGUUUCGCAGCGCGCCGUCACGAACACUAAUGCAAAUCUGCUGAUUUUUGUUUACUAUUUUCAACCAGUAACUCAGGUAGUGUUCGUGUAAUGCAACGUGUACGCACACGCAACACCACAAAAAGCAGAAACCACUAUAGGGCACUGCACUGUUUUGAUUUUGUAUGGGAUUUUGACGUUUCGUGGCCUUGUUGUUUACAAAAUUUCUGUAAGAGUAAAAGAGAAGGAGAUAAUUUCAUGCAUUGCCCUAUAGGGCACUGCACUGUUUUGAUUUUGUAUGGGAUUUUGACAUUUCCUGGCCUUGUUGUUUACUAAAUCUCAAUGAGAGUGAAAGAGAGGGUGGGAAUUUCGUGCAGAGCCCUAUAGAGACGCACGUAGGGGUCAAUAUGGGCCUCCUAAGAAAAUCGGUCUGAAAUGCACAGAACAACUCAAUAAAUCAUUUAGGGUCGAUUUCUUCACCUCGGCUUAACCGGUAAGCCAGGCUUACCCAUAUAGUUAAACUAGGUUUAACGCUUAAGCAAGGGUGAAGAAAUCGGCCCUCAGGGGAUUCACUAAACAGCGUAAACUGAUUAAAUGUCGCAAUCACCACAGCAAUCUUUUAUUAUUUCAUGCGAAAUUUAAUGAAAUAUUUCAAUAACCAGAUAAUCAUGGCUUACGCAGUUAUUUAAUCUGUUUAGUGAAUAUUCCUAUUAUUUAAAUGUAAUAAAACAUGCUUAGGAGUGUUCCGCUUCAUAUUGCGUCGAUAAAUUAUGAAAAAUUCUUUCUGAAUUGUUAUGAAAUACUUAUGAAUACCAUUAGGAAGAUUCACUUAACAGUGUAAACCGCUAAGUAAUUAUUAUCCUGAUUAAACGUCGCGAUCAUCAAGGCAAUCUUGGAUUAUUUUAUUCGAAAUUUCAUGAAACAUUUCUGUAAUAAAUAAUCAUGGCUUACGCAGUUAUUCAAUCUGUUUGGAGUGAAUCCUCUAAUUGAUUUUCAUACGUUUCCCAGCUAUGUGGGGCAAUAUGUGCCACCAUUUAAAACAUUUUUGUUUUUAUGAAAGAAUGAAACAUGGAAAAAUAUGAUUCUUCUACACCUGUUCAGUGUAUACUAUACAAUUUGGAUUGUUUUCGUUUCAAAAGAAUUAAAAAAAAAACACAAGCAGAUUUCAUCCUUCAUUUUAUUUCAAUAUUUCAUGGCGUUGGUUCCAUCCUUCACCCUCUGAUAAUGAACGGGCGAAGCCAGAAGGGAGACACAGUAAGGGAGCAUCUACAAAUCACGUAGCAUUUUUUGACCAAUUUUCAAUCAAUACCCCCUUCACCCUCGUAGCUUGGCUCGUAGCAAUUUCGAGGACUCCCCCUCCACCCUAAAAUGCUACACCAUUUUUAUGGUCGGUUCCUAAAACAACCUUCCUUAGACGUUGCCAUCAAGGAGGAUACCGUUCCAGGCGAUGAUCGCAAAUAUCCGGUUUAAUUGAACGUUUCGGAUUGGGUGUAAUCUGUGGUGGCGCCUGUGAUAGGCAGUGUUCAGGCUGCUCUGUGGCAAAUUUUUCGUUCCGAUCGCCGCUUGUAAACUCCAGUAAACUCGCACCCGUAAUGAACCAGAUAAUGUUAAUGUUUUGGCAGCAAAAUUGUUAGGUUAGGUUACAAAACAAAACCGAUGGUAUGACCAUAUUGCCCUGUAGAGACUAGUUUUGGAAAAUUUUUGUUUUAUUGUAAUUUCAGUUUCGAAUAAAUGCAGAUGUGUUCACAAAAUGCUCAGUAAUAGUCACUGAAUCACAUUUCAACCAUCGUGCAACAAUAACGAUAAUGUCGCAACCUGAAUUUGUUGCGACACACGCUAAGUCCAUCUUGUUUUUUUUUCCAUACAUUUUAUAUGGGACGAAAUUGACCUUAAAAUGACUUUUUUCGAUAUUUGUAUGGGAAAAUAGGAAAAAAUGAAAAAAUAUCAAAAAACCCAAGAUGAAAUAUUUUAAAACGCACAGAUUAUGAAACUAGAGGUCAAAAGCUACGAUUCUAUGGAAAAAACAUUGAGGUACAUUUGAUUUUCAUAAUAAUUGCCUUUGGACACAGCGUGCGACAUUCUACCCAAUGCGUCGUAGGUUUGUCCCAAUUUGAACAGAAUAGGAUAAAGAUCGUGCACCACGAGUUUAGAGACUUUUAAGUCUUGCAUUGUGAUUUUCGAACUGCAACUUCGACUCGGUAAACACUGCAACGCUGCUGAAUCAUCAAAAAGUUUCGAUUUUGGGUUGGUAAUAAUUGAAUAUUCACGAGUUGAAAAGUACGCAAUAAAUUCAGCUUCCACAACAACAAAAAUCGUGAGGAGCGGACCUGGUGUGAUGGUUAGAACACUUGAGUAUCACGCUGAGGACUUGGGAUCGAAUCCCACUCCCGACAAACUCACAAAAAAAAUGUGAGUUCUUCCUUCGAAAGGGAAGUAAAGCGUGGGUCCCGAGAUGAACUAGUCUAGGGCUUAAAAUCUCGUUAAUACAGAUAAAAAAAAAAACAAAAAUCGAGAUCAUGUCAUUAUCUGUUACCAGGUGGGAUGAAGAGUAAUCGCCGCGCCUUCCUUGUUGAUUGUUUUGUGUUCUUUUGUCAGACAAUUCUUUUCACUGGUAAUAGUGGAACGUGGAAGUAAUACUGGAAGUAUCAAUUGUGUAGAAUAUUUACCUGAACAGUAGGGAGUUAUCUAUUAGAAACUUAUUUUGAAAUUUCAAAUCUUAUAACAUUUUUGCGUUGGUAGCAAAAAAUUACACUUUAAAAAAAAAUGCAUUUCAAAAUUUUGGUACUGUUUUUACAGUGAGACAUGGUUGAAGCAUUCUAGAUCCUAAGAUACCUAGAUCCUAAAGCUAUAACAAAACAAAACUUGAUCAUAAAACUAAAUUCAGGGUGACUCAUAUUGCCCCGUAUGGUCAUAUUGCGCCUACUAUUCAUAUAUUGAAAAUUACUGAAAUUUUUGGUAACUAUUCAAUUGAUUGUACAUCGUCAACUCACAUUAUACUGGAAAUAAAAAUUCUUUUCAUUGUUUCUAAUAUUUAUGCAAUGAGUGUCAGAAAUAAAUUUUCUAUCGUGAUUUUUACAUAAUAAAUAUGAACAAAACGCAAAUCGAGUUUUGUAACGAGUUUCAUACAAAUUUCUUUGCAAUGCCAAGUAAUAGUCCCUGUAAUAUGAUCAUUCCCAUCUUUAUCAUCGUGCUUCUCGAUGGUUCAACACCCAUGCUUUACAUCAUGUUAGACACGAAAUUAUAAUCAAGCAAGCCGUACUAUAACCGUAACAGAUUUUGAAGCGCUUACCGUGGAAAUAGAUUGUUGAUCAAACAAUUGCGUUAUGAAAGCAUAAUUCAACUGGUCUGUAUAGUUAGGAAAAGUAGGUCGUUGUAAUACUAAAAUGGCAAAUAUAAAAUUGAAGUUAUAGUGCCAAGUUGCAAAAAAAUACAAUGUUUUUUUCGUUAUACAAAUAAUUUGAGUAACAUAAUGUCCAUAAUGCUGCUGAAAUCAGUAAGUGCUAGUGCUGAAAAAAAAAAUCAUCUCCGCUAUUCUUUUUAUUAUAGUUAUUAAUGCAACAAGUUACAUUUUUUAGCAUGAGUCGUCCAACAAGGUUUGCCGAGUUGGAUAAAUACGAAGAGUGCUGAAAUAUUGAGUUUUGUAACGAGUUGCAUUCAUUUUUUUAUGCCAUUACAAAAAAGAUCUGUUGAGUGUAAUUGUAGAUUCACAAGCAUAGGGCAAUAGGGUACCCACGUGUAAACAUCAGACCGCACAAACCAUCAGCACAGAUAAACAGAUGUAUCACCAAUGCUAACUAAGCUAUGUUACGCAAACUACUCAGUAGUAGGUGGCGGUAGUGAGCAAACGUCAAACAAGAGUAAAAACGAUGCGAGCGCCGUGAUCGAGUGAUUAGCGAACUACAAAAUGUUUGAACAAUAGAAAUACACAAGAACUUCAAUGUCGCUGUAGUCAUUUUUAACAUUUAAUUAUUUUAAUAACUUUAAUUGUUCUAAUUGACUAUUUUCAAGUGUCCAGGAGGACCUUUUGUUUUGGGAAACAAAUUUGAUUUGACACUUCUAGUACCGCUACUGACGCUGUAAGGGCGUGGCAAACUAGAUGUUAGUCACACGAACAGUCGCGACAAUAGACUUCUGUGGCUAGUUAUUCUAAUUUUUGAAGUAACCGUUAAAAAUUGUAACGAUGAAAAAUGAGUAGAGUGAGACGUCUGUUUGUCUGUGCCAUCAGGUUUGAUCAGGUAGGCUGUGACAUAGCAGACUGUAACAAGUUUUCGUGCAUCCGCCGCGUUGCUAAGCAGGAGUAGGUCUCAUCAUGUCUUUUGUCGAUUCUGCUGCUGCUUUUGAGUCUUAUGGGCAUUUCCAAUCAGGAUUGGAAUUUUAUUGAUUCCAGAUUGGUCUGCGUGUCAGUAUCACAAUGGCCUACUUUUCCGAAUGGUUCAUGCAACUGAACUGAAAUGAGUUGCAUUAUGAAAAAGAGUUGCUCGGCAAGCCUUGCUGGAAAAAUGUACGAUUCGUGCUGAAAUAGUUAUUUAUGUAACGAGUUGCAAAAAGUUUUUUUUCAGAAAGUGUCAUACAUUUAUCCAACGAGACUUGUCGUGUUGGACAAAUACAAAGAGUGCUGAAAAAUCAAAUUUUGUAACGAGUCCCAUACGAUAUUUUAUGCAAUGAUUUUUUUCAUAAUGCAACUCAUUUGAGUUAUGCAAUGAUAUUUUUCAUGAUGCAACUCAUUUGAGUUGCAUAAUAUCGAAGACCACUUUAUCAAGAAGACUUGCAACACUGCCGAAGAUCGGGAGUCACUGUUACCAGCGCCACCACGGAUAAAGGUGGAACUUUUUAUGAUAGUGUGAGUAAAUCUUCAUACUCGCACCAAUACACUCUUACACUUUUAUACAAAGGUACCACCUUAACUCAACAGGCGGCAGUGCCGUUAGUAUGGGAAAACAACAGAGUUGCAUGUCUUCUUGAUGAAGUAGUCUUCGAUAAUAUUCAUAAAGAAUGAUGAUUAUGAUAAUUUAGAGCGUUAUAAUAAAUUUCACUUUACGUCCGGAUUCUGACUCGACAAUUCUUUAAAUGUAUGAGUCGUGCUGAAUAAAAUCAAGUUUUUGCAACUCGUUACAUAAAUAACUAUUUUGAUAACCUAUAACGAAUAUCUUUUACUAAUGAGUUCAAAAACGUUUUAAUUCAGCCUCUUUUGUAACUCUAUAAAAAUGGCGUGCAUUAUGGCAAAAUCAAUGAGUAUAUUAAUUGCACAAUUAGCUUAUGGUUUUCUUCAUUUCAUCUUUAUUUUCUUGCAAAAAUCGCAUUGGCCAAAUGAAUUUAUUGUCGUUACCAAUUACAAUUCUAUACAGCAACGAUUAUUUCACCAACUGGCUAUUUUUUUCAUUCUUAGAGCACAAUAUUAAUUUUGUCCUGCAAUGCAAGUGAGAAUAUUGAUUGUAGAUCAAAUGUGACAGCAUUCUAUAUGAUGAGAAUCUAACAAAAAGCCUGAAUUGCACUCAUCGUAAACUAUUCACCAUAUACUUAUAGUUGUUAACCAUUCGACAAAGGAAAAAAACACAACGAAAUCCUCGUACCGUAGAAAACAAUGGUUCGCAAUAAUACUACUCCAGUGAGCUAUUCCUUAUUUAUAUUCAUUUGCUAGUAAUUUAUUUUUCAUGAUAAUAAUCAUACUUAUCAAAAAAAAAUAAUGGUUCGCCGCAACCCUAUGAAAUGUUCUAUAUUCAAUUCAUCGUCAAAGUUGAUUGAUAGUAAAGAAGAAUGAUCAUGACACAACAACUUGUCAGCUAGUCUUGCAAUGUCUAUUUAUAUACGAAUAACGCACAAAAAAAGCAAACACGUGAAUGAUGCUGCAUCGUGAAACGGAAACUAACAACACCAUUCAUGCCAUUUCUGAAAUAUAUUUUGCUUAUAUUUAAGGCAUAUAGGGUAUGGUUACAGUGUCCAACGAUUUAGGAGCUAUCCAGCAAUGCUAAAACAUAAUAAUUAUAAUAUUUCGCAUUACAAAAUAAUACGGCUAAAAUCAAACACAAUGUCUACACUCACACGAUUUAUUCAAAGGAAAUUCGCAUCAUAAAAAUCAGCUAACGUUAAUUUUAAUGAUGAUUAAAUAAUAAAUCGCAUUUUUGGCAAAUCAUUUGCGCCUAUUUUGUUGCUAGGAAGUCAUUAAUGUUACUGUUUUAUUCGUUGAGCUAAUAAAAGAACUGCAAUUACAUACCUACUAAUAUACAACGUACCGACCAAUUCAUACAGGUAGCUAACAUAUUGAAUCACCCAAAACAAUGGUAAAAUAAAUCACCAAUAAUUAUCCGUUUGUGUAAAAAAAUUCCGACAAAAACAUAACCCAAAUCGAACAAUCAAUCACGGACAAAAAAUCAGAGAAACUUAGACUGGAAAAGCAGAAAGAUUGCAAAAAAAAUGGCUGAGCUAUCAUUACGUCUACGCAUAGGUUGAUAAUCAAAUAUGUUGAUACUAAAAUAAGAAACAGGAUAACUAUACCUUUUGCUUGGUUGUUUAUUCCUAAAUGAUGAUUUUUUAAAAGAAAUGAUUAUUGGAACUGAUAUAAUUUAAUACACCAUUAUAAUCAUUAUGAUAAUGAAAUAACAAUAUAGUUUUGCUUGCAAUUUUACCCAGUUUAUUAUUCAAUGCAUUAUUAAAGGAACUGAAUAAGAACGUCAUCAAAUAAAAAUUGAUCUUUAUCAGGAGGAGUUAUUACUGUUAGUCAGUUGUAAGGAUUAGCUGGAUCAAUAAAAAUUGCGACAACUCGAA